AUGGACACAUUUCCUUACCUAGUCAAGCCCAUAUUGCAUGCCCGUACCAGGCAGGUACUCCGAUGCUUCUGCAGCAAAAGCUUCUCGAAGCAAGGUUCUCAGAUCCAUGUCGGGCUUGCUCCCGCGCUUACAACGCAAGGAUAUGGACGAUACGUCACCUGUGCACAAUACAAGCUGAACGACAUCGACCUGAACCAGAACCAUGGGACCGACUAA